AUGUCCACAGUAGAUAUUUGGUAUUCGUCUUCAUCGGAAGACGAUGAAAAUACAAAUCUUCGUCUAUACAGACGCAGAAUUCGAGAUGCAGCAAAUCCACUGGAAUAUGAUACACAAACAUUUAUUGCUAACUAUCGCUUGAGCAAGGAAGCGUUUCUGGAAGUGUUGCACGAAAUUGACGGCCACUUGCAAAGCGGUACAACAAGACAAGCGAUUUCAAAAGUAAAUAAGUUGGCUGCUUUAUUAAGAUUUAUUGCGCAAGGUUCUUAUCAGUUAGGAAUAGGUAACGAGGGCAUUGUUGGAAUGGCGCAGUCAACACUGUCCGUAAUAAUUAAUGAAGUAUUGAAUGCAUUGGAGAGCACAAUUUGUCCUAAAUAUGUUUCAUUUAUAAAUACAGAAGCAGAAACUUGUGCGACAAAGCUUUCUUUUUAUGAAAAAUGUGGUAUUCCGGCCAUCAUUGGCGCUAUUGAUGGUACACAUAUAAAAAUUGUAUCAUUAAAAAAAAACACACAACAUCUAUAUUUCUGCAGAAAAGGAUAUCACAGCAUAAAUGCUAUGAUUGUAUGUGACCACAAAAGAAAGAUAAGAUAUGUAAGUGCAAAAUAUCCAGGAUCUUCUCACGAUUCUUUUGUUUUCAAUAUGUCAAAUCUCAAAGCGCAUUUGGAAACUGAAUAUCAAAACGGAAUGCAGAAUACUUGGUUGCUAGGAGACUCAGGGUAUCCCUUAAAACCAUAUCUUUUGACACCAUACCGAAACCCUGCAGAUAGCUCUGCAGAACAACAAUUUAAUAAGAAGCAUGUCCUAGGAAGAGAGAUCAUAGAACGAUGUAUUGGCACUUUUAAAAAUCGUUUCAGAUGCUUAAUUGGAGCUAGAGGUCUUCAUUAUACACCAGAAAAAGCAACAAAAAUAAUACAUGUGUGUGCAGCAUUACACAACAUUUGCAUUAAAUACGGUUUGUCCGAGCCUACACCACCAGAUGUAUAUCAAGAUAACGAUGAUAAUGAGCCAGAAGAUGAUCCAUUGGAAAUUUCGAAUGACGACUCGCCAUUGGGCGCAAAUCCGCAUUUGUUAAGGGACGAAAUUGCACGUUCAAUUAUGCAUUAA